GACACAAAGAAAAAAAAAGCCAUCAACUCAGGUACUUGCCUCCAGCAUCCCUCUCUUCUUCUUUCUUUUUCCUUUUUACUUCUUCGUCUUUUUUUUCACUGUUCAUCUCGUAAAGCGCCUUUUCUUUUGUUAAAAAAAAAGAAGCUUUUAUUAGAAAAAGAAGACAAAAAUCUAGCUGGGUCGUUCAAUAGUCAUAAAAACGUCACAGUGAUUUAGCCCAUCAUCCCUUUAGAAGCCGUUUAUCAAAGAUCUUUCAAAUUUCUUGUACUCAAAGCGGUACAGAUACGCUUUCGCCCUCCGUAACAACAGCAAUUUAUUAGACAUUACACUCUCUUAGCCACUUACUACCACAUAAGAGGAAGAUAGUAUAGCAUUUUCGUAUAAUAUUUAUGGUACAUUCAACUCAACAAUCUGACAUUAUCACAGCAGCAGCGGCAUCACCAAUAGUCACCACACCAGGUGAAAACUAUUCAGCCUAUGAAGGUGCUUUUGAAGGACCCGAGAAAUUACUAGAAAUUUGGUUUUCACCCUCGCCUGACCGUAUCAAAGAUCAUCAAAACCUCGAAGAUGAUGAUUCUGAUAAAGAAGCAGCAUUAGAGAAUGGAAGCAGGAGGAAGGAUAAUAGAUUCGGUCUCCGUGUCGUGCCAAAGCCUGUUUGGGAUAAAAUGUUGGCGUUGGUUAAAUGUACUGUUUUAAAUGUCAUUAGUAACAAGGAUGUAGAUGCUUAUUUAUUGAGUGAGUCUUCGAUGUUUGUGUAUCCGCAUAAGUUGAUUUUGAAAACGUGUGGUACCACCACCCUUCUUCUGGCGGUGUCCCGACUUUUGGAAAUCGCUAAGAGUUACCUUGGAUAUGAAAAGGUUUGGAGAGUCUUUUAUUCUAGAAAAGCCUUCAUGUUCCCUGAACGCCAAAUUGGUCCUCAUCGUUCUUGGGAUGAUGAGGUCAAAUUUUUAGAUCAGUUUUUUGAUGAUGGCUCCUCAUACAUUGUUGGUAAAGAACGUCAGGAUCAAUGGCAUUUAUACAUGACAAAGCCAUCAGAUGAUGUUUUACACCAUAUCAACAGUAACCACACAAUAACUACCAACAACAAUAAUAAUACCAAUCAUGAUAGUCCACUUUCCUUUGAAAACCGCGGCGUUCAACCUCGACUGCGCGGCGUUAUGCAGGAACAUGAGAUUGCCAGCGGUGCCUCUACACCUGCGGCAUCCGACUCUGACUCUGAAGAUCCUUCACCUUUUGGCAAUUCUGGACACUCUCAUCCCGACCAAACAGUUGAAAUUCAUAUGACAGGUCUCAAUCCUGAGAAGAUGAAGAAGUUCUAUCAUGACGCUUCGAAAACAGCGAGCGGCAUUUCUGGUGGAAAAUGGGUAGAUCAGCAAACUGGCAUUGAUAAACUAUAUCCCAGCGCAACUCUUGAUUCUUACCUUUUUGAACCCUGUGGCUAUUCCAGUAAUGGUCUUUGGGAAGAUCGUUAUUUUACAUUCCAUGUUACACCUGAACCUGAAUGCUCGUACGCUUCUUUUGAAAGUAAUAUACCCGUUGAAAAAUCGCAUGGUGGUAAAGCAGCAUCAGCAGACGACGAGGAUAACAGCCCUAUUGAAGAUCUAAUCAGUCAAGUUCUGGAUAUCUUUGAUCCUACUUCAUUCACUGUCACUUACUUUACUUCACAUCACAAAGAACACGAUAGCCAUCGACAUAUGAUACGCUCUAUGAGCACUGUCAACGGUUAUAAGAGAACCAAUCGCAUUUGGUACGAAUUUGAAGGUUAUGAUUUAGUAUACGGUCACUAUGCAAAAAAUGAAUGAUAGACGUUCUAUAAAAAAAAAAAAAAAAAAAAAA